AACCCCCGAGAUUUCGCUUUUUCCCCUCCCCUUCCAACGCAGCGACAUCCAGCGAUAGCGCAGACACACGCCAUGUCGACGGUGCUGGCUCCUGUAAACCUGAUUUCCUGGUCCAAUGCCGACCUGAAGGCAUUCGCUCCCCCGGUGCCUGCGUCGCUCUUUGUUCCGCUCUCGGGUUCUCUGCUUUUGCUGGGAUUCAUCCUCGCCUCGUCGUUCUUUAUCUCCCAGAUCGGCGCCAAGUCGUCCAAAAACCUUGUCAAGGAGUUGUCGCUGGCCCUUCCCUCGUCGCUUUUGCUCGGCUUUGGGACCCUGUUCUUGUUCUUGUCCUGUGACAUCUUUGUUUAGCGGCCGCAUCCGAUCUACCUGCCAUGCCGGGAACAAGAGCAGAUCGAUCAAUACAGCAUAUGCGAUGAGCUCCCCUCUGGCAC